AUGCGAUUAAGGAAUACAGACAGGGCACCACGUAGCUCAGGUCGUCUCAAUAAUGUUGCUUCAUGGAUCUCUGAAAUUAAAGACACAUCUAAUGUGGCCGUAAGAAAGAAAAGGGGGAGAAGAGCACCUCCAUCUGCUAAAAGAUUGCGUGAUAAAAGGGUGGAUAAGGCGAUUGAAAGUGAUGGUGCUGUUGACAGUGACAGCGAUGAUACAGAUGGACAGGUUGGCAAGGGUCAGCCUAGUGCACACAUUGAGGAACAUGUUGAUGGGAGAACUGGUGAUGACUUAGCAAAAACAGGCCACUCAGGUAAUUCUUCCGAUGGCCCAUCCUCAGCUUCAGAAGAACAGGACCAUUCAACAAACUCUAAAGACAAGCUCCAAAAAGCUAGCUCUCAAAACACAAAGAAGGUUUUUGGAAACUCAACAAACAGCAAGCAAGGUGCAUCUCAUUUGGAACAGGAAGGUGCAAAUGAAGAUGGGUCUCAUGUGCAAGUCACUGCUGUGUACAAGGAUAUUGAUAAAGAAAGUUCUCAAAAGAUUAGGGAUGAUGCAUCCGAUGCACAAGUGGAUACAACUUCAUCUGACGAUAAAAGUUCAGAAGAAGUUGAAGAUGUGAAGGUGUGUGACAUAUGUGGAGAUAUUGGUGAGGAGGAGAAGCUCGCUGUCUGUAGCAGAUGCAAUGACGGCGCAGAGCACACGUAUUGCAUGAUGGUAAUGAUGGAAGAAGUUCCAGAUGGCGACUGGUUGUGCGAAGACUGCCAAACUGCGGUAGAAUCUGAAAAGGAGAAUAGACUAGAAAAAUCUCAGGUGAAGGUUGACACUUCAAAAGAGCUGUCCUUUGAAGGGGAGAUUAACAAACCUGCCAUUGCUGCAAAGAGCAGAAGUUCUUCUGACUAUGAACUGAAGGCUGAGAAUAUAGAAAACAAAGAGUCAGAUACCACAAAUGAGGGAAAUGAUACGGUCAAAACCAGGACGGAAGAAGAUGCUGCUAUGACAUCCUCAAUUAGAGAUACUAUUCCUGAAACUGGUGGCUUGUACAUGGGGGCUGACUCCAGAAAGAGACUGCAACCAUCACGCGAGAUAUUCGUGUCUGAUGCUGACAAAGGAAAGCAACCUAGCCAUCAAGUGGCAACUUCAUUGGCGGUUAAUGCUCUGAAGAAUCAGGCACCACAGUCUCGUGGUCAACUUUCCAAAUCCACUUCUUUCAACAACUCAAAGGUUCCAAAAGUGAAACAGCUAUUGAAUGAAGUUCCUCAGAAGCCGAAAAUUUGGAAGGAAUCUUGGUCUUCUCUUAUCAGUAAAAAGGAAGGGCCAAUCAGCAUGACUACUAAGUCAGCGACCUUCAAAAAGCCUAAGCCUUGUGAGCCAGCAAACAAGGCAAAGUCUUCCAUCUUGUCACCUGCCGAGGAGCCAAGGCGGCAGAAAUCAGUUGGAAACAGUGAGCUAAAGAAGCCUCCUUUAGCAAAAGUGCCCGGAAGUAUGAUGCUAUCUAAUGCUGAAAAAUUCUCAGGUGGGAUUCUUGGUUCCGGUGCUCAUAGAAAAGUGAUUCAAAAUUCAGAUCCUUCACAUAGGGAUACUAAAAUAAAGGACCAAACUGGCUUCAGACAGGGUGCUGCUAGCAGCAAUCGGACAAUCCGUUGCCAAAGAUGUAAUGAAGCGGGCCAUUCUGCACAAUCUUGUGGAUUUGAAAAACUUCACUUGUCUUCAGUAAAACCUUUGAGUGAGCAAAACUUGAAAGAUGCAUCUGCCAAAAGAAAUAAGACAUCCGAAACUAGUACACUGGCAUUUAGUGAAAAAGCUUCUUCCAGAGAAGAGAAUCAAUCAGAGCAUAUCGUAAAAUGUGGUACUUAUCAGAAUCUGAUAAAUGGGCCUAAAGAUGUGUUACCUGCCCCAUUCAGCCAUGUGAAGAAGCCCUCAUUAUCACCUCGAGCUAAUGUGCAGGAUAUGGGAUAUAUUUUGUCCAUCCCUGGGAGUGGAGUAGAUUAUAGCAAGCUGAAGUUCAAAGAUAAUCAUCCAUCUCUAUCUGCCACAGUAGGAACCUCUGCUGAUAAUGGUUGCAUUAUGCCAAAUGAUCAUAGGAAUGAACCUGCUCAAGGUUUUUCAGCUGGUGAUGAACCAAUGACUUCAACUGUCCCUGAGCUGGACUGGAUAUGGCAAGGUGGUUUUGAGCUGCAGAGGACCGGAAGAUCACCGGAGCUGUGUGAUGGUUUCCAAGCCCACUUAUCAUGUUCUGCUUCACAGUUAGUGCUGGAUGUGGUUAAGAAAUUCCCUUCUAAAGUCCAGCUUGAGGAAGUUCCUCGGCAGAAUUCAUGGCCGACACAAUUUCAGGAAAAUGGUCCAACUUAUGACAACAUAGGUCUUUUUUUCUUUGCUAGAGAUGUUCAGAGCUAUGAAAAUCACUACAGUAAAUUAGUUGAAAAUAUGCUGAAGAAUGAUUUAGUUCUCAGAGGAAGUGUUGGUACUGUUGAGUUGCUUAUAUUCCCUUCCAAUAUCCUGUCAAAGAACUUCCAAAGGUGGAAUAUGUUCUACUUUCUAUGGGGUCUAUUCAGAGAUAGCAAAAAAGAUUCCUCUAACCUCCCAUCUUAUGUAUCCACAAGAAGACUAGAACCAAAUUUUAAUGGUGAUUCCUGGCCCAUGGAUUGGAGUACAUCUGCUUUGUCAUCUACUCACUCAUUCUCACAAAACAGGAGUGGUUUUGCCGAACUGGGCCCCAAUUUGAAACCUGAUUAUCCAGAACACCAAGAUAAAAUGAGGGACACUUUUGGUGGUAAUGUUAGUGAAAGAGAUUUUGAUGUGAACAUGGUGCCAGUUACUUGUUCUGUCUCCUUAACCCAUCUUCAGGAAGAAUCUGGCAAGGUGAGCACAACCAUCAACCUUAAUGACGCAGACAACCUUAUGGAUAUAGACCAUGUAAAUACCUGUGAGGUUAGCACAGGUGCACUGGAUCGUUCACAUGCAUCAGGUGGUGCAAGUAAAAGAAGUUUUGAGAUGGCCAAAGUAGCUGAUGAAGUCGAUGAAGAACCUGAGCAUAAGAAAAUUAAAUUGGAUAAUGUAGUGUCUAUGAACUCUGGUUCAUGCGAGAAUGCCUACAAUGGAAGGUUAUCAUCUAAGGUGCAUCCCCUUUCAGCUUCCUCUUUGAAUGAUGGCACUAGCAAUAAACUGAUGGCUGGAAGCUCAAGCAGUGAUGGAAAGUGCGUGUUUCCACUUGAUCUAAAUGCAGUGGAUGAUGAGAACAUCAUAAAUAUUCCGUCUUCAGAUGAUGAAGAGUUACCAGACCCUGUUCCAUUACAGGUUGGAAAGCAGACCAAGGGAGAUUUAUCCCUCUCGCUUGCAUUUCCAUCAGGGAAGGAACUAGGUAGCAAACCACAAUUCGAGCCACAGAGACACUUGCCUGAGAGGAGCAAUAGGAAUAAUACAUCAUCCAUUUGGGGCCAACAGUGA